UACAAUAUAUUGUAGAAAUUAAACCCAGGGCAGACCACACACGCAAGGCAUUGGGUUUAGUUAUAGUAUGUUUAUCUUUAGCUUAGCGUCUUCAAUUGAUGACAUUCAAGAGGAGGAGGAAAGCCACUAUGUUGACAAACUUAAGGAAUAUCAUUUGUAUGCUGACUCCAUCAGGUAAUUUUUGAAGGAGGACCCCAAAUAGAAAUACUGAAAUCAGGUCCGCGGAGACGUUGGGUGUGGCAAGGGGGAAAAGUUUCCCAAUGACGUCAUAAUUGUUAAACAGGAGAAGUGGUGUUUUACAAUAUAUUGUGCUUUAUUGCAUAUUAUCCGGUACUGGCACAGCUAGGAGUUAGUUAUUUUCUCGGUGAAGCAAUCUUGUUUGAGGAAAGGGACUUCGUCGCUUUGGAGGCCCUGUUUGAGCUAGGGGCCCAGUGCAAACUACCCCCUCUGCGGCACUGAGUGAAAUAUCGAUGGUUCCCCAUGCAAGGACUCUAGAUUUCAAAUUUAUCCGAACCUAUAAACGAGUUGGGUAUUGAAUAAACAUUGAAAUCUCUAAUAUUGAAAUUUCUCUAAUUGUCCUAAAGGAUAUGCAAAUAGAUUUCUGAAGAGCGCAGGACCUCAAGAAUAUUUGAUUGUGGGAAAUCACCAGGGCCCCAAACUUAUAAUUUGCCCUCCCAAACUUUUCUGUGCUUCAAUGAUACGGACUAAGCAUUACAGUUUGUUGCCCUGUUUUCAUACAGUAAAGUGUUUUCACACUGUAUUUUCCGAUUUUGGAUUUCCGCAAGGUGCAAUUUUUUGCAGAUGACGACCGCUUCCCAUUGCUGCAUUACCUUAUAAGAUAGACCGCUAAAGUUUUUUUAUUUUUACUCAAUGGAAGUAGUUCAUGCUCAUAUCCACAUUUCGGACAUCCUGGUCGCGUAUUCGGACACCUAAUAAUGAUCGCUUUUCUCUCGACGAUAAGCUGUAUUGUGAUGUAUAUUAUACACUUAUAGGUAAACUACGUCAAGCGUUCCUCUUUUGAGUUUCUAAAUUGAUUGCAAUUUUCCUCAUUACCUUUGCAAUUUAAAAAAAACUCCCUUUGCAAAUCCCUUGAGGGAAUUUGCAAUGUUGCUAAAAGUCGAUUAAAUUUUCCUCAUUCCUGUUAGAAGUUCGUAACUUCCUGUUACAAAAAUAACCCACCAAUGAGAACGCUCAGAACGCAACAGGAAGUCAGGAAAUUAAAACAGGAAGUUAGGAAAAUUUUAAAUUAAGGUUUUUUUUGUUGGAAUAUUGCAACAGUCGAUAGGAACAUUGCAAAUUCCCUCAAAGGAUUUGCAAAGAGUUUUUCAAAUUCGCAAAGCUAAUGAGGAAAAUUCAAAAUGAGUUAGGAAGUCAUAAUGUCUGCUCCCGAAGGAAAUAGUUAGUUUUGUUUUCCCAAAUGUCUCAAUAGUUAGUUUUGUUUUCCCAAAUGUCUCAAUUGAGAUUCGAGGGGAAACAAAACUAUCCCCCGGAGGGAACAGACAUUAAGUGUUUUCUUAUAUACAAAAGAAAGAAGAAUCGACAACAUUCAUACAACAAUUCAAUUUCAUGACAAAAAUAUAUAGUGUAAACGAGCUUAAAAUGAACAGAGCCGAUUUAAACGAGGUCGGGAAUCUUCGAGUUAAGCCCUUCGAGUUAAGCCCCGACCACGCCCUGUUUUGCCAUGACCACGCCCUUUUUCGGGAAGGGCUUAACUCGAAGAACGAAACACGAUUUGGGUUAUUCGAGUUAAGCCCCGGUGCUCAACUCGAAGUUUGACAAAAAAGUUGUUGCUCGAGUUAAGCCCCGACUUUUGAAGUAUGUCAACGAGUGCAAUAUUAAAUUGUCAAAUUUUCAAUACAAAAAAAACCAAAGCACAGAAAUUUUCCCAAAAACAACUUAUAGAUCGCUAAUGUAAUACGAUUAUCAAAAACAAUCACAAUUAUUAUAUCGUUAACAAUAUUUUAGCUUUUUCAUAUUAAAUUAAUAUUAAAUUUAACAACAGGUAAUUACUUUUAUUGGAUCGUUUAUCCACAACAUGAAACAACAAAACAACAAAACAAUAUUUUAAUUAUAAAGUAGAUAGAAUCCUAACUCGUUCCUUUUGUUUCAAUGUGCACAAUAUUGACAAAUUAACAGUUUUACUGUAACAGAAAAGGUGCAACCUUCUCCCAUCACCUUGAACAAAACUAAUCUAUUAAGAAAAUGAUCGAAAAUGACAGCACGUAAUAACUAAAGAGAAAGGGAGGAGAGGGAAGGAAUUUCGGUAUAGAAUGAUCUGUCUUUGACAACUUGCGCCACAGUUAAUAGAAAUACACCAGAGACUCGCGCCACAUACGCACAUAACGAAUGGUUUCAUUUGGGUAAACAAAUUAUCACGGGGAGAAAUUGUUACAUUUGAGUAAAAUACGCAAAUGUAACAAUUUCUCCCCGUAAUAAUGGCGCUACGUUGACUUGUAUUAAAACGGGAAUAUUUGCAGAGCGAUUAGUAAUUUCAAUUAUAAACGAAAUAGUGACGUAGCACCAUUAUUAUGGGGAUAAAUCGUUACAUUUCGGUAAUGGGUAUUUUACUCAAAUGUAACAAUUUCUCCCCGUGAUAAUUUCUUUACCCAAAUGAAACCAUUCGUGAUUCGUAACCAUUUGGCUAAUCAAAAUAAUCAAAUUACUGUACUUGUGCGUAUGAGGCGCGAGUCUCUGGGCCAUACUCUGGGCGCAAGUUGUCAAAGACAGAUCAUUCUAUACCGAAGUUCCUUCCCUUUCCUCCUUUUUUCUUUAGUUAUUACGUGCUGUCAUUUUCGAUCAUUUUCUUAAUAGAUUAGUUUUGUUCAAGGUGAUGAGAGAAGGUUGCACCUUUUCUGUUUAAGGCCAAUGAAAAUUGAUAUCAUGUUUCUCGUGCACAAUUUUCAAAAAUUUGGAGCGGGAUUUUUUCAUUUUUCAUUAUUUUUUGUAUUUGAAUUCUGCUUGUCAAUAAUUUCCUUGACCCAGUAAAAAACCCCAUAAAAAUCUGAAGUAUUAAAAAUUGGUGUAUAAUUCAUUUUAAUUUAAUACGUCCUACACUACAGUCUACAGACUACAGUAUAUUUCUACACAUACCAGGGCUGACAUGAAAAAUAGAGGCAUUCUGGCGAGUUAUAUCUUUAGAAAGAUACAAUUUGAGUUGCGCUUGCGGAAUGCAGCAAUAAGACUUUGAUCUGGAGAUGAAUUUGGUGUUUUUAAGCCUAUUUUUCAAAAAUAAUGAAUAAUGAAAAAUUUUCGUGCGGCAGAUAAAUCCCAUGCGGGCGGGGACGAGAAACAUGAUAUCAAUUUUCAUUGGCCUUACGGUAAAACUGUUAAUUUGUCGAUAUUGUGCACAUUGAAACAAAAGGAACGAGUUAGGAUUCUAUCUACUUAAAAAUUAAAAUAUUGUUUUGUUGUGGAUAAACGAUCCACUAAAAGUAAUUACCUGUUGUUAAAUUUAAUAUUAAUUUAAUAUGAAAAACCUAAAAUAUUGUUAACGAUAAUAGUUGUGAUUGUUUUUGAUAAUCGUAUUACAUUAGCGAUUUAUAAGUUCUUUUCGGGACAAUUUCUGUGUUUUGGCUACCCUGGCCCAGAGGUUUUUUUAGGUUUGCCGAACGCGAAAUGCGAGAAGUAAAUACCAUCUGGUUCCAGGGUACCAGAGGGUUAUUCAAAACAGGCGAAAAUAAAUACCCUCUGGUUCCAGGGUAUGUUUUGGCUUUUUUGUAGUGAAAAUUUGACAAUUUAACAUUGCACUCGUUGACAUACUUCAAAAGUCGGGGCUUAACUUUUUGUCAAACUUCGAGUUAAGCCCCGGUGCUUAACUCGAAUAACCCAAAUCGUGUUUCGUUCUUCCAGUUAAGCCCUUUCCGAAAAAGGGCGUGGUCAUGGGAAAACAGGGCGUGGUCAGGGCUUACCUCGAAAAGGGCUUAACUCGAAGAUUCCCGACCUCGAUUUAAACGGUUACAGCAGCAUAUCAUGUUGCCUGUUGGGAUUUCUCUUUUAUAUUAUUUAUUUUAACACAAACUUAGCCUUAUCUAUUGAUAUUGUCAAUUCUAAGCCAUGGUCCGAAUACUCGUGAGCGCUUCAAAAACUGUUCCAAUAAUAAAUUUUAUGACAAUAGCAACAGUUAUUUUCGUGAUUAAAUUUUCGGUCUAUAGCCUUCCUUCAGCUAAAAAUUCUGCUGCAUAUUUUCGCACAAUCAAUCUCCCCAAACGUACUGCCUGGUCAAACUGCCGUAAUCGCCAUUUUAAAGAAAAUAUUUUCGGCCGACCUUUAGUGUUCACGUGUGCACAAAACUAUACAGCAAAAUCGUCAAAAAUACAGAGCAAGAUUCGUGACAUAUCGGGCAAUCGUCUGAACCUAUUGUUUUACAUUUUUUUGCUCAUUUUUUUAUUCAAAAUAUUUCGUCCGAAUACUGGUACUGUCGGAAAACUGGACCACUUGCUGCACGGUUGAUAAUCUGGCAAUGCCGUGGAGUUUAUUACUCUAUAGUUACGUUCACAUAGGUCGUUCGAAUCGCUAGAAAAUCAUGUACUACUUUCGCCUGAUUUCAAGUGUUCUCCGUUUUCAUUUGACUUUUGCUUCUAUUUGCGUUUGCAGAGUUAUGACAAGAAAGCAACAGUUACGUCACUAUAAUGUAGAGAAAGCAGAAGAAGUUGUUGCUGGAAAAAAUACUCAAAAGGAGGAACUUGUUAAAGCGGUAAAAUCAUUGAAUUCUAUUUUGUGCAAAUUCUCAAACUCCUUUAUAAUGAAUGAGCAAAAGAAAGGAAACCAGCACUCUAUCGUUGUCUUGAUACCACGGUGAUAAAGCUAUAAAUUAACUCAACUAUCGCCUUGAAAUUCUCUGUAAAUACAAAUGAAUUUGAGAAGUAGUAUAACAAACUCGAAAUAUAAUUUUCUACGCCAAGAAACGCUUUCUUGUUUAUUAUGUAUUGCAUAAAAUUCCAAAAAUAUCUUGUGAAGUGUAUUUGAUUUUGUUCUCAGAUUUCUCGUUAAAUGGAUUUUAUGUAAUAAAAACAAGUUAAUAUUGUGUGCUGAUUCGCGUCGCUGCUCACACUAAUUGAUAAUUCGAGCUAGAAAUUAAUGCACGUUAGCCGAACGUAUAAAUAGCCAGGGAUUCUUGAAGCAUGCUCUCGAUCAGUUGCUUUCAACGUCUCCCUCCCACCCAUCCUUUGGUUGGAAGCCACAUGCGUGAGCAUGUAGUUAGAAUGACAGUAUAUUCCCUGUGUAAACAGGUGACUUGUCGCGGAUGGGAUGGAGGAGGUACCCAUCAUAACCUUGUCACCGAAUCUAUCCCUACCAAUUGUUAGCGGGCAAUAAUAGUACUAUAUAUACAGUAGUUAGUUGUUAUCAUCGUGAAAUGUUAACUUUCGUUUUACAUUAUGAACUUGCUUACAAAUAAUUGAAUAUUUUUUUUUUAUUAUUAUUAUAUAUUGAAAUAUUAAAAUACAAAUGAGUACUUAUAUAAAAACAAAAUGGGUGUCAACUCUCAAGUUACCUCCAGGCCUUGUAGAAAAAUCAGAAGUUAACUUUUUACCAGAUUGCUAGAUGUUCUUUCUAGAGGUUCUUUCUGAAAACAUAAUAUUAUUCUUUAAUUCGAAGUCGAAUGAAAGGAUGUGAAGAAAUAUAUUUGGACUUAAUCGUAAGUAGUCAUUCAAGUAUUUUAUUAAUUAGGGCGAAGAAGGCGAGGAGGGCAAGAAAAGCGGAGGAUUAUGGAAAGGAUUAUCAUCGAAGAUAUUUGGUGGAGACACACCUGAAGCAAGAGAAGCGAAACUUCAGACCUUAGAAUCUCAGAUUGAAGAAUCAGAAAACGCUGUAAAAGAAGCACAGGAAGAACUCAGGUUUGUACCAACACAGGCGGAAUUUCAGGGGGGGGGGGAGGAGAGACUCCCAACCCGCUGCAGUGUCCAACAUACCCUUUCCUUUGAUCACGAAACCAGAGGCUGGUUUACACUAUCAGAGAACUUGUCUUUAAUUAAGUAUGUUUAUUUUUUUGUUUUGAAUGCUAAAAUUGGCAUUGUUGGACCCAACAUCGCGGAAAAACGUCUGCGCAUGCGCGUGUACUAGGAAAAAUGGCGAGGAAUUUAAAUGCCAAAUUGUAAACAAAAACAUGGCUAUUUAAUUAUUUAAGAUAAUUGAAACAAACAAGAAAUGCGCUAGAGUGGGAGUUUGGAUAUUAACAAUAAGUUUUCGAACAUUUAAAAUGUAAAAAGAAGCAGAAUUUAAAUUAAAAUUUAUAUUUUUAGACUGGGAGGGCGUGUGAACAUUUCUUGAAAAAUUGUCGACAGAAAAGACAGAAAAGUUAAGAAAACUAUAAAAUAUAUAGUUAAGCAUUUGCACACGAUUAAAUUGUAGAGUAAAUUAUUACCCUUAAAUAUCCUCAACGCAAAAACUAUACAUGCUACGCAAAAAAAGUUAUGGAGAAAAACAUUGGUCAUAUGAACCUACGAAAAAAAUCUUUGUAUGGUUCAGUUAAAGAACGUUUUAUUCAAUAAAUUUAUGGACAGUCACCUUUCGUUCAUUUUCUAGCAUAAUACUAUUUCUUGCACAUGUAGACUGUAAUUAUUUCUAUUAUUCCGCUUGCAUUUUUACGGAAAAGGCAAAACAUCGAAGUCGCUCCCAUUUUGAGGUUUUGACAACUUUCGGAACACUUGACAUGCACCACGUUCGCAAGGCAAAUUUCAGUAAGGGUGACGCAUGCACAGACGUUUUUCUGCGGUGUUGUUUGACCCGUUUUAGUUCCGGCGCAUGCGCAUACUUUUUCCGCCCGAUUGCUUUAGUGGCAAUGGCCGCUCAAAGAUCAGUGCGCGAUGAUGAACUGCCCAAUUACUUGUCAAGUUUUCCUUCAUGGCCCUACACACGCACCUUUUUCCUUGUUUAAAAGCAGGCAUCAUGACCAGCUUUUUAAAAAGGCUUCUUUAUCGAGGAAAAAUAGUCAAUUUUUGCCAUGCACACGGACAAGUAAAACUUGUCAAGAAAAACUUACUCGUCUACGUUAAGAUAGUAGCUAUAAAAAAAUAGGGAGUUUAUGAUGCUGGCAACGAACAACGAGUACGGACUACGGUUAAAUUCUUUUUUUCAGAUUCUUUUUACAGCAGCAAAUAAAAUUUACAUAUUCCCCAUUGCAUACUUUUCACCGUAGCGAGCAUGCCUACGACCCAUAAAUUAUAUUCUUGUGUUGUAAAGAUUACAUCAAGAACGCAGCACUGAAUCAUAAUCACUUGAUUUUCUUGCAGAUCUUUCACUGAAACGGCAGGCAAAGAUUAUGACAUGUUUCAGAAGCAGAGAGACCGUGACGUCAAUAAAAUUUUGAUUGACCAUAUCAAAACCCAAAUGAAAUUAUGCAAGCUGGUGAGUAUAUUGAUCUACAGUUGUCAAUACUCAAUACGUUUUCUUUUUCAUCCUUAUACGAGUUAUGACUCGUCAUCAGUGGCGUAGCCAGCCCGAUAAUUUAGUCCCGCUAUGCAAAUUCAAAAUUAUUAUCAUUACUAGAAGUACAUGCAUGCAACAACCCCUCAAUACCUAUAUUUUAUAUUUUCAGCCUAUAUAUUUUCAGCCUAUAUUUUCAGCCUAUAUUUUCCAAAAUUGUUUCAACAUGAAGUAUUCGUAAUUACGCCAACACUGAACGCAGGCUCGCGUUGCUGACGCCAUGUUAGUCAUGGAACACGAUAUUUGUUUUUUUUUUAAUUUUUUUUACAAACCUGAAAAAAAAAAUCUUAAAUAUUUUUAAAUACAGAAAUAUCAAUUUCUAAAAUAUAUAAAGUAGGUAUAUUAUUUUGGUUUCUAUGGGCUUUAUUUUAAUGUAAAAUUCAAAACGAAACUGUACGACUACGUAAAACGUUUUUAAAUGUGAAUUGAAAUUAACUGCUUUUUGCCGAUAUUAAUUAAAACUCUUCAACUUAUUACUCGCAGUCUCGCACUUUGAAAUGAAAUAAAUUUAAUUCGUACAGGACGCUAAUGAAAACAAUUCGCUUUCCUUUUUAUCAUGAACUUCUACAAAAGUUAAUUUAACUAAGAAACUUUCGCAUACAAUUCAUAGGAAGACUUGGACAACAAGAACAAAGUCUAAAUUAGUACAACGUCACACAUAAACAAUUCAAACAAACUUGCCCUAUACUUUAGGAUUUCUCAUACUAAAUCAAUCCUUAUAAAUGUUAUAAUGAUAAUUUGUUAUGUGAAACGAUUUUCCAAACUUUCUUACAUGCAUUUUCCCCGGGCGUUAGCCCGUGCCGAGGGUACUAAUUCCGCCUGGCUAUUUACGCCCGGGGAAAGGGAAGCAUUAGCGAAGUCUAAAGUUCAUUAAUGAUCGCGGGCGUGGGUGACCAACCGUGGGUGGUCAUCCUCACUGAUCUCAAAAAUAUGGCUGUUUUCCAUGAGUGGGAUAAGCAAGAUUUCAAUGUUCAAAAGCAUAUAUUUGGAAAAUCACGUUUUACACAAUAAGCUUUGAAGCAAUUUUUGUUUGAAGAAAUGAGAAGAAUUGAUUUACUGUGGGAAUCGUGAAAUAUAGGUUUGCUUUGAAUGUUUAAUGUUUAUGAAUUUUGUUGCUUUAAUUUAUUGCGUAAAACAUGCACUGCUUUCCUUUUCAAUGAAGCUGUAUUAAAGUUUGCUAAAUUACCCAGGCCUGUUUAAUUUAAGAAAAAAGGGUAAAAUGUAAAGGAGAGCAAAUUCAUUUGAAAACCGAACUGAAAUUACUCAACAAUUUGGACUUAUUUUAUUUUAUCAAGUAUAAACAGUUUAUCGGAAAAAGUAGUUUAAAGUUAUUAAAAGGAACAUUUCAAAACAUUUUACGAAGCGAUUCAGCUUAAAUUUUACAUUUAUCUCGGAAAUUCAUUGUUAUAUAGUUAAAAGCAAUAAUCUUUCAACUAUUUUUGGCGUUUUGUAAAAAAAUAUAAUAACGCGAGCCUGCGUUCAAUGUUGAUCAAUUGGUAAUACUUCAUGUUAAAUCAAUGUUUGGAAAAUACGGGCGAGGGGUUGCUGCAUGCAUGUAUUUCUAGUUUAUAUUUUUGCCUUCACUCCUGGCAGACAGCCAUAUUUUGAGAUCAGUGAGAUGACCACUCAUACACCAUGCGCCCGCGAUUAUUGAUGAACUUUAGACUUCGCUAAUGCUUUCCUUUCCCCGUGUGUAAAUAGCCAUGCGGAAUUAGUACCCUCGCCCCUUGAUUGUUUUCACAGUCAAUGAACACGAAUAUAUUUGCAUAGCGAGACUAAAUCGCCGGGCUGACUACGCUACUGCUUGUCAUUGCGACUUAUAACUCAUCAAUACGAUUUACAACUGAUCAUUACAAGUUAUGACUCGUCGUGGCGACUUAUAACUCAUUAUUACGACUUGUAACUCAUCAUUGUCACUUAUAACUCGUAUAUCAUUACCACAUAUAACUCGUCAUUAUACUCGCACAUUGGCCUGAUUUUUUUUCCUGACCGAGGCCCAAGAGCCGCAGUCCGUCCCUUUUUCCAACUUGCCAAACACACUGACAUUGGCAUUGACAUAGCGGGAUAUAUCAAGUAGAAAAUUUUUUUCGAGAUUAGACAGCUGUUGUUGUUUAUUUCCAGGGCGUGUCAACGUGGGAAAAUAUGAAAGAUACUUUUGAAGGAAUGGCAUAGCCAUUGGAUACAGAAUUUUAUCUCAUUGUUUUCCCCGCGAAGAACUAACUGAUCAUACGUACAAAAUCUUUGCCGGGAAGAUUUUACGACACAAUGAACACAUGAAUUGCAGAAGAAGAAAUUGAAACUAAAUUCUAUUUUUACAUGAAAUAAUAUCAUAAGUAUUGUUGACGAUUACUUUUAUCGAUUCCUAUGAUUUGGAUUAACCAAUUUGAUAAGAGUGAUGUCGAAGAAAAUUGCUUCGAAUGUAGUUUUAUUAAUUUGAAUAAAUUAAGUUUUGUUUUUAUUAAAUAC